AUGGAUGGCACUACCUCCUCCACCAUCAGAGUGGCCACCGACACAGAGAGCGGCAGCCCACUCAGAAGCAACCCCAAUAUUUCUUCCAACAACACAUGGGGCGAGGCCUUCACUGCCAGCUCUUUAGAGGACAUUGUAGCCACCUGCACCAUUGGGACCAUCCUCUCUCUUAUGUGCAUAAUUGGGGUGACAGGCAAUGUCUACACCUUGGUGGUGAUGUGCCACUACUUGAGGUACUCUGCCUCCAUGUACAUCUACAUCAUCAACUUGGCCCUGGCAGACCUGCUCUACCUUCUCACCAUCCCUUUCAUUGUGGGCACUUACUUCAUCCAGGAAUGGUCCUUUGGAGAUACAGGCUGCCGGAUCCUUUUCAGCUUGAAUUUCCUCACCAUGCACGCUAGCAUUUUCACCUUGAUGGUGAUGAGCACAGAGAGAUACUUGGCGGUGCUGAAGCCUUUGGACACCGUGAAGAGGUCCAAGAGUUAUCAGAAAGCAAUUGCCCUCAUUAUCUGGGUUGCCUCUCUGCUUCUCACCCUGCCCAUGCUGAUCAUGAUCCAGCUGGUGCAAGGGGAAAAGAAUAUCUGCCUCCCCACCUGGAGCAAACUGUCCUACAAGAUCUACAUCACCGUGCUCUUCUGCACCAGCAUUGUUGGCCCUGGUGUCGUCAUCGGCUAUCUCUACGUUAGGCUGGCACGAACCUACUGGGUGUCCCAGACAACCUCGAACAUCAACUACCUGACCACCUGCCUGACCUAUAGCAACAGUUGCAUCAACCCUUUCCUCUACACCUUGCUGACCAAGAACUACAAAGAAUAUCUGAGGAACAGGCAGCGCUCCUUUCACAGCAGCGGCAGCAGCCGCAGCUACUUCCAUAGAAGGAACAGGUUUCAGAGGAUUUCUGGCAGAUCUUUGUCAACAAACAUCUCCAGUGCUACAGAGAGACCAUUUUACUCCCUCCCACCCAUGGGGCAAGCUACAGUCCUUGAAAGAAGAAGCACACUAAGUCUAAGUGUUGACUGA